AUGGCUAACGACAUCCCUAUAGAGUUCACGGAACUCACCAAUCUCAUUGACAACUAUGGGAUAUCCCCAACGAAUAUAGACUUCAAAUCGUGUACUUUGUCUGAUUCUUUCAUAUCCAUCAAAGAAGACAAAUCCGUUGCCAUCAUCCCGCUAGAUGCUAACAACAAUGCCCAAUCUUUGGUCAGAAAGAACAUGAAUGCUGAUAAUAUUAUAAUGCACCCAAGUGAAAUGAUCAUUGCCUUGAGAUCGGGUUCAACAAUGCAAGUUUUCAACUUGUCCACAAAACAGAGAUUGGGCAACUACACUUUGCCAAACCCAAGUGAAGCCAUUGUAUUCUGGAAGUGGUUGUCUCCACAAAACAUUGCCGUUGUCACCACCACUAAUUUGUACAACUGGAAUAUUUCUUCUCCUGAUUCCUCUCCAGUUCUAAUCACCAGCAAAAACCAACUUUUAAACUCUUGUCAAAUCAUUAAUGUCACCGCCAACCAGGAAAUGUCUUGGUUUGCCAUCAACGGUAUUUUCCAAGAAAACGGCAAGAUCGCUGGUAAGAUUCAAUUAUUUUCCAAGGCAAGAAAUAUCUCUCAAAUAAUUGAUGGGCACGUCUCGGGCUUUUCUCAAUUGAAAUUAUCUGGUGCAGUUUCUCCUUCUACCCUAUUUAUUAUUGGUAACAGAAAUCCAACUACCGGUGCCGGAAACAUGCACAUUAUUGAGAUUGAUCACAACCCAUCGAACCCAACUUAUUCUAAGAAGAACAUUGACAUUUUCUUCCCAGCCGAUGCCUCUAAUGAUUUCCCAAUUUCCUGUCAAGUGUCUGAAAAUUAUGGCAUUGUUUACAUAUUGACGAAGUACGGGUUCAUCCAUCUAUUCGAUUUGGAAACUGGCUUGAACUUAUUUGUCAACAGAAUAAGUGCUGACCCAUUAUUCACUGCUUCUUCCCACUCAAACAAUGGUAUUUUGACGAUCAACAAAAAGGGUCAAGUGUUAUCUGUGGAUAUCAACAAAGGCACCAUCAUCCCAUAUGUUUUGAAAAAGUUAUCCAAUGUUUCUUUGGCUUUGGCUUUGGCUAGUAGAGGCAACUUGCCAGGUGCCGAAACUCUUUUCACCCAACAAUUUGAAACUUUAUUAGGAUCUGGUGAUUAUGUUGGUGCGGCUAAAGUCGCAGCUGGUUCUCCACAAUUGAGAACACCUCAAACUAUUGACCGCUUAAAGAAUAUUCAAGCUGUCCCUGGUCAAAUUUCUCCAAUCUUGCAAUAUUUCUCCAUUUUGUUGGACAGUGAUAAAUUGAACAAAUAUGAAUCUAUUGAGUUGGGAAAGCCAGUGUUACAACAAAACAAGCAACAAUUAUUUGAAAAUUGGUUGAGCCAAGACAAGAUCACUUUCUCCGAAGAAUUGGGUGACGUUGUCAAGCCUUACGAUUCUAAGUUGGCCUUGAAAAUUUAUUUGGGUGCGUCAGGCAAUGGCGAAAAUGCUACUCCCUCUGUCAAUAACAAGAUUAUUUUGUGUUUAGCUGAAUUGAACCAAUUUGAUAAAAUUUUGCCAUACUGUCAAAAAGUUGGUUUCACUCCAAACUACUUGAUUUUGAUUCAAAUGAUUUUGAGAUCCAAUCCUGACAAGGCUGUGGAAUUUGCUAAUCAAUUGAUUGCCAAUCCUGACGCUGCUGUUGAAUUAGAUUUGGAAAAAGUGUCAGAUAUUUUCUUCAGUUCUAGUCACAUUCAACAAGGUACCGCUUUCUUGUUGGAAGGUUUGAAGAACGAUCAGCCAAGUGAAGGUCACUUACAAACUAGAUUGUUGGAAAUUAACUUAUUGCACGCUCCUCAAGUUGCUGAAGCCAUUUUAUCUAACAACAUGUUUAGUCAUUACGACAAACCAACUAUUGCUAAGUUGUGUGAAAAACAAGGUUUGUACCAAAAGGCCUUGGAAAAUUAUGUUGAUUUGAAGGAUAUCAAGCGUUGUAUUAUCCACACCGAAGUUUUGCCAACCGAUUGGUUAAUUAGUUAUUUUGGUCAAUUGAAUAUUGAACAAUCUUUGGAAUGUUUGAGAGAAUUGUUGAGUUCCAACGUUCCAACUAACUUACAAAUUGUUAUCCAGGUCGCCACUAAGUUCUCUGAAUUGAUUGGUUCUGGCACUUUGAUCAAGUUGUUUGAAGAAUUCAAGAAUGUUGAAGGUUUGUACUACUACUUGUCUUCUAUUGUUAACAUAACCGAAGAUGAGAAUGUCGUUUUCAAAUACAUUCAAUCUGCUGCCAAAUUGCAACAAUUCAAAGAAAUUGAAAGAAUUGUUAAAGACAACAACCAUUAUAAUGGCGAAAAAGUUAAGAACUUCUUGAAAGAAGCCAAAUUGCCAGAUCAGUUGCCAUUGAUUGUGGUUUGUGACAGGUUUAAUUUUGUUCACGACUUGAUUUUAUACUUGUACAAAAACCAAUUCUUCAAGUUCAUUGAAGUUUAUGUCCAACAAGUCAAUCCAUCAAGAACUCCUGAAGUCAUUGCUGGUUUGUUAGAUGUUGAUUGUGAUGAAAACAUCAUCAAGAACUUGUUGUCUACUGUGAUUGGACAAGUUCCUCUCGAUAAAUUGGUGGAGCAAGUUGAAAGCAGAAACAGGUUGAAGAUCUUGUUGCCAUUCUUGGAAACGACUUUGAAUCAAGGCUCUCAAGACCCUGUCUUAUUCAAUACCUUGGCCAAGAUUUACAUUGAUUCCAACAAUAACCCAGAAAAAUUCUUGACCGAAAAUAGCAUCUAUAACACUUUGGAGGUUGGUAAAUAUUGUGAAAAGAGAGACCCAUACUUGGCUUAUAUCGCUUAUUCUAAGGGUGGUAAUGAUGAUGAAUUGAUCAACAUCACCAACGAAAACUCCAUGUUCAAGUACCAGGCCAGAUAUUUGUUGAAGAGAUCUGAUUUGGAUCUUUAUUCAAAGAUUUUGAGUGAUGACAACAUGUACAGAAGAGAAUUGAUUGACCAAAUUGUCGGUACUGCCAUUCCAGAAUUGAAUGAUCCAGAACCAAUUUCUUUGGCUGUUAAGGCUUUUAUGGAUAACAAUUUGCCAGUGGAAUUGAUUGAAUUAUUGGAAAAAAUCAUUUUGGAACCAGAUGCAGCGUUCGCCGAAAACCCAUCACUACAAGGUUUGUUGAUCUUGACUGCCAUUAAGGCUGAACCAUCAAAGGUAUCUUCCUACGUUGAAAAAUUAGACAAAUUUGAUGCUCAAGAAAUCGGGACUCUUUGUGUGGAAAAUGGUUUGAAUGAGGAAGCUUAUCAAAUCUACGAUAAAUUUGAAAUGUAUUCCGACGCUUUGAAGGUAAUCGUGGAAGAUAUCAUGUCCUUGGAUAGAGGUGAAGACUAUGUCAACAAGAUCGAUACUCCAGAAUUGUGGUACCAAUUGGGUACUGCUCAAUUGAAUGGCUUGCGUAUUAGUGAAUCUAUUAAUUCUUAUAUCAAAUCCGGUAACCCAAGUAACUUUGAUCAAGUUAUCGACAUUGCUGAACACGCUGGUAAGUUUGAAGAACUAGUUCCAUAUCUCAAGAUGUGUAGAUUGACAUUGAGAGAAGCCAAGAUUGACGGUGAAGUGAUUCUUUGUUAUGCUGAAUUAAACAAGAUCAACGAAAUUGAACUCUUUUUGAGAAAUGAUUCCAACGUUGCUGAUUUGAAUGAAAUUGGUGACAAGUUAUUUGACAUGAAGAAUUAUGCCGCUGCUAAGAUCUUAUAUGAAAACGUUUCCAAUUACUCCAAGUUGGCCACCACUUUGGUUUACUUGAGUGAUUAUCAAGGUGCCGUUGACUGUGCUAGAAAGGCUUCAAAUAUCAAGGUUUGGAAACAAGUCAACCACGCUUGUGUUGCUAAUAAGGAAUUCACUCUUGCCCAAAUUUGUGGCUUGAACUUGAUCAUUGAUGCUGAUGAGUUGGAUGAAUUAGUGAAGCAAUAUGAGACUGAAGGUUACUUCGAUGAAUUGAUGAACUUGUUUGAAUCAUCUUUAGGGUUGGAAAGAGCUCAUAUGGGUAUGUUUACUGAAUUGGCAAUCUUGUACGCCAAGUAUGCUCCAGCUAAAUUGAUGGACCACUUAAAGUUGUUCUGGUCAAGAUUGAACAUUCCAAAGGUUUUGAAAGUAGUUGAGUCUUUCCACUUGUGGAACGAAUUGAUUUUUCUUUAUAGCCAUUACGAUGAGUGGGACAAUGCCAUUUUGACCAUGAUUGAUAAAGCUGCUGAUUCAUUUGAUCAUUUGAAAUUCAAGGAAAUGGUUAUCAAAGUCUCCAACUUGGAAAUUUACUACAAGGCCAUCAACUUCUACAUGAAUGAACAUCCAAACUUGAUCGUUGAUCUUUUAACUUCAUUGACUCUACGUAUUGACAUCAACAGAGUUGUGAGAAUAUUUUCCAAGUCCGAUAACUUGCCAAUGAUCAAACCAUUUUUGAUCAAUGUUUUGGACAAGAACUUGACUGUUGUCAACAAUGCCUACCAUGACUUGUUGAUUGAAGAAGAAGAUUACAAGGCUUUGCAAGCUGCCAUUGAUGGUCAUGACAGAUUUGAUUCUAUUGACUUGGCAUCAAGAUUGGAAAACCAUGAAUUGAUUUUCUUUAGAAGAAUUUCUGCUAUCUUGUACCGUAAAAACAAGAAAUACAACAAGGCAAUUUCUAUUCUCAAGACAGACAAAUUGUGGAAUGACAUGAUUGAAACUGCUGUCGUCAGUGAUAGCGCCAAAAUUGCCCAUGAAUUGUUGAAAUACUUCAUUGAAGUCGGAAAUAAGGAAUGUUUCAUUGGCUUGUUAUUCAAGGCUUACCAUUUGAUGGAGUACGAUUAUGUCUUGGAGUUGUGCUGGUUAAAUGGCAUCUCCAAUGAUUACAUCAAGCCAUAUGAAAUUUCUAUUAAGAAGGAACAAGUUGAUAGAGUCAAUGAGGUGUACAAGGACUUGAAAGAUAGACAGGCUAGAGAAAAGGAGUUAGAAGAAAAGGGAACUAUUGGUGGUCCGGCUCCCCAAUUGUUGUUAACUAAUGGUGUCACUGGUAUGGGAUACCAACCAACAGGUGCUGGUUUCGGUAAUGGUUUUUAA